CUCGUGGAUUCCAUUGUACUCUAGUGCAGAAUUACAGAAGCUUCCACAGACCUCUGGUCGCUGCAUUCUGCUGUAGGCAGUCUUGGUGCACAAUGUGCUGCACUACGUUACACUGCAACGUGUGGUGCUGGCGACUUUGCCAACGGGGUGGCACAAACUUUGAGUGCAACUACGCGCCUGCUUUUGAUCGUCGGUGCCACUUCCGCGUUGAUCCGCUCACCUGCCGCGAGAUUCUGAGCUGGUGGAGACCGAAUUAUCAGGUCAGAAGGAGCGCAACAAGAAGAGCACAAGGGGAUGCAAUGCGAAAGCAUGUCACCCAAAGGAGCAAGCUGGCGCAAAGAAGGAACACGCCGAUGGUAAUAUUGCGACGUGCACUGUUGGGACAGGAUGAAGCGGACCUCCCUUCUGGAUCUGCGGAGCUCUGCAGUUUUGUCUCCUUAAGAGGAGCACCCUCAACAUCAUCAACUGCGCAGCAAAGUAGUCUGACGCAGUUUGUGGCUCCGACUGAUGACGCCGAGGAGUUCGGCGUCACUGGAAGGGAAGAGGCGACGAUGGAAGCCACGUGGAUUCGGUCUGACUGCGAUGAUGACCAUAUGUGUGACCAGGACAAGAACGCGAUCUAGUGCGAGCAGUGAUGUAUGCGGGGAAGCGGAGCAAAG